AUGGUUUUUCUACUAUUCUUCAAUCUUGGCGUGAUAUGCCUGCAUAUGUCAUAUGCAGAAAUUUUUACUGCAGUGGCAGACUUUGAAAGUUUGUUAGAUGGCCAUAAAAAGUUUAUAGAUAACUUAGAACCAUAUGUAGAAAUGCAAGAGAAAAAGCUCUUUAUAAUCAAGGGGUAUUUGGAUCUCUACUCAAGAGAACAGGUAAAUGCGAUGAAGGACGUUCCUAAAUAUUUGAGUAACCCAGUUAAUGCUUUUAUUAUCAUAAAGAGAUUGGUAUCCGACCUGAAUUAUUUAUGCCGAAUAGUAAGAAAAGGAUCAGAAUAUGUAUUAAAUGUAUUAUUGCGCCACGAAAGAACAGUUUACCCUGAUCGAAAUGAUCUAAUAGGUGCUGCCGAAGCGCUCUUUAGGUUACAAAAGACAUACAAUUUGGAUGUAAGGGAUCUUGCCAACGGAAAUAUAAACAACAGAGCUUACAGAUUAACUUGUCAUUAUUUGAGCAAGAAUCAUCCAUUUUUGAAAAUAGCUCCGUUUAAAGUAGAAACGAAGCAUCUCAAUCCUGACAUUUUUUUAUUCCAUGAUGUUUUAACUGAUAGUGAAAUUCGAAAUAUCAAGGAAUUGGGAAGGCCUUUGCUUCAACGCGCCAAAGCAUUUGACGAUGAUAUUAAGGACAACAUCUUUGUAAGUUACCGUAUCAGCAAGUUGGCCUGGUUGUACGAUGGGGAUUCUGACAUUAUUGAUCGCAUCUCACAACGAGUCUCUGACAUGACUGGUUUAAGUGUCGAGUAUGCUGAACCAUUACAGUUAUGUAACUAUGGGAUUGGAGGACAUUAUGAGCCACACCUUGAUUUUUCUAUGAAAUUGGAACACGGAACAACAGAGUUUGAAGAAAGGAUUGCUACCACAUUAUUUUACAUGUCAGACGUAGAUCAAGGGGGUGCAACUGUUUUUCCGACGUUAGGGUUAACCAUCUACCCUAUAAAAGGGACAGCCAUCUUUUGGUUUAACAUGUACCCUUCUGGAGCUGGUAACAAAGCCACUCGUCAUGCUGCCUGCCCCGUGCUUCAGGGCGACAAAUGGGUGUCCAGUAAAUGGAUUCACCAGUACGGUCAAGAAUUUAUAAGGCCCUGUAACCUGAACUACCAAGAAGAUUCCAUCUAG